UUUGUUGACAAAUCUUGAAUUUUCUUUAUUUUCUUCUACACAAAAAUAAAAUAAUAAACUUGACAAGAAUCUAAAUACCUUCAGCAUGAAGAAAACGAAAAAAACUAAGUUAAUAAUGGAAGAUACAAGCGACACAGGAAAUAAUUCCGAAACUGCUAUGAAAAGGCCACUCGAACACAAGGAGGAAAAAACAGAACCAAAGAUUAAAAAAAAGAAAAAGAAACAAAAGGCUGAGAAGAACUCUGAUUUGAAUAAAGUGCAACAAAACAAAAAUGCUAGUAAUACUUCUGACAAUACCAGUGCUGAUGCCAAUUUAUUGCCUGGUUCCAGUGUGAGUCUAGGAAUUUUGUCCAACAACAAGUUUUCAUCAUUAAAAGAAAAAGUCUGUGAAGCUACUCUCAAAAGUAUCAAUGAAAUGGGUUUCACCACAAUGACGGAGAUACAAGCAAAGUCAAUACCACACCUGCUUGAAGGGCGGGAUCUAGUUGGCUCCGCUAGGACAGGGUCAGGAAAGACCUUAGCUUUUCUUAUUCCAGCCAUUGAAUUAGUUUAUAAAGCUAAACUAACACCAAGAAGUGGCACUGGUGUUAUUAUUUUAUCACCAACCAGAGAAUUAUCAAUGCAGACUUUUGGUGUACUUGUUGAUCUUAUGAAAUACCACAGCAAUACCUAUGGCUUAGUCAUGGGUGGAGCAAACAGAAGCACUGAAGCUGAAAAACUUUCUGUCGGUAUUAAUAUACUGGUGGCUACUCCAGGCAGACUUUUGGAUCAUCUGCAAAAUACACCUUCAUUUUUGUUUAAAAAUCUGCAAUGUUUGGUAAUUGAUGAAGUGGAUAGAAUAUUGGAAAUUGGUUUUGAAGAGGAGGUGAAACAAAUAAUCACACUUUUGCCCAAAAAACGGCAAACGGUGCUAUUCAGCGCGACUCAAACUAAAAAGAUGGAGUCAUUGAAAGCACUGGCGAUAAAACAAGAGCCAAUCUAUGUCGGCGUCGACGAUAAUAAAGAACAAGCAACAGUCGAAUCUUUGGAGCAAGGAUACAUAGUUUGUCCGUCUGAGUACCGAUUGCUAGUUCUUUACACAUUCCUGAAAAACAAUAAAAACAAAAAGGUGAUGGUGUUCUUCUCUACCUGCAUGUCCGUGAAAUAUCACCAUGAGCUGUUCAACUAUAUUGACCUGCCGGUUCUAUGUAUCCAUGGCAAGCAACAACAGACAAAACGUACGACAAGGUUCUUUGAGUUCUGCAAUGCUGAGAGUGGUAUACUGCUGUGUACGGACGUGGCGGCGCGCGGUCUGGACAUACCCGCGGUGGACUGGAUAGUGCAGUACGACCCACCUGAUGAUCCUAAGGAAUACAUCCAUCGUGUAGGCAGGACUGCUCGAGGCUUGGGGACAUCGGGCAGCGCUCUCCUGUUUUUGAGGCCUGAGGAACUUGGCUUCCUGAGAUUCCUGCAGCAGUCCAAAGUCGCCUUAAACGAGUACAAGAUCUCUUGGAAGAAAAUUUCCAAUAUCCAAUUACAGCUGGAGAAAUUGAUUUCUAAAAACUACUAUCUAAAGAGCGCAGCAAAAGAAGCAUUGAAGACAUACCUAAAAGCGUAUGACUCACAUCAUCUUAAAAUUAUAUUUGAUAUUGACACGUUAGAUUUGGCUAAAGUAUCAAAAUCGUUUGGAUUCGCAGAACCACCCGAUGUAGAGUUAAAAGUGAAUAAGAAAGGAGCGCCAAUCAAAAGUAAAGGGGGCAAGGGAAACUUUAAAAAAUCAGACAAUCAUAAAAAAAAAUAUAGGCCAAGUUAUAUAAUAAAUAAGGGUAAUUUUGUGACAGAAUUUAUUAAAAUGUCGAUGUCUGAAAAUCAAGUUAAAAAGAAAAAUAAGAAGCGUAAUAAAAAGAAGACACAAUUAUUAGACUCGCAAAAAUCCGCCGAAGAAGCUGUACAAAUUACGACCACCAUAAAGAGAUCUGCAGAAGAGUCUGCAAAUAACCAUGAAAACCAACCUAAAAAAAAGAAAAAGAAACAAAAAGAUGUUAAGGUAGAAAAAAUAGAAGUAAAAGAAGAAGUCGUGGAAAGUGAAGAAAAUUACUCUGCUGCGGAUGAUACUGAAAAUAAACCAUGUACAACUUUAUGUUCGGGCAUAUUAUCGGACCAAAAAUUCUCUUCAUUGGAGGGAAAAGUAUGUGAACCAACAUUGAUGGGCAUCAAAGACAUGGGAUUCACCACUAUGACAGAAAUACAAGCUAAGGCCAUUCCACACCUUCUAGAAGGGAAAGACUUAGUUGGUUCAGCUAGGACAGGCUCUGGAAAAACUUUGGCAUUUUUAAUACCAGCCAUUGAGCUGAUUUACAAGCUUCAAUUUAAGCCAAGAAAUGGCACAGGGGUCAUCAUACUAUCUCCAACUCGAGAGUUGUCUAUGCAAACCUUUGGUGUUCUCAUGGAGUUGAUGAAAUACCACCACCAUACUUAUGCCUUGGUGAUGGGAGGUUCAAAUAGAGGUACUGAAGCACAAAAACUUUCAAAGGGUAUUAAUAUACUAGUGGCAACACCUGGUAGACUUCUGGAUCAUCUGCAGAAUACACCUGACUUUUUAUACAAAAACCUGCAAUGUCUUAUCAUUGAUGAGGGAGAUAGGAUGUUGGAAAUUGGUUUUGAGGAGGAAGUUAAACAAAUCAUCAAGCUUUUGCCCAAAAAACGACAGACAAUGCUCUUCAGUGCUACACAAACUAAAAAAGUGGAUGCUUUGAAAGCUCUGGCAGUGAAAAAAGAUCCCAUCUAUGUUGGAGUAGACGACCACAGGGAACAGGCUACUGUAGAAUCUUUGGAGCAAGGAUACAUAGUGUGUCCAUCUGAAAAACGAAUGAUGGUUCUAUUUACCUUCUUGAAAAAGAACAGAAAGAAGAAGGUGAUGGUUUUCCUCUCAACAUGCAUGUCGGUGAAGUUCCACCAUGAACUUUUCAACUAUAUAGAUCUCCCCGUCAUGUCUAUACAUGGUAAACAACAACAAACUAAGCGUACUGCAACAUUCUUCCAAUUCUGUAAUGCUGAGAGUGGUAUACUGCUGUGUACGGACGUGGCGGCGCGCGGUCUGGACAUACCCGCGGUGGACUGGAUAGUGCAGUACGACCCACCUGAUGAUCCUAAGGAGUACAUUCACAGAGUAGGCAGAACGGCCCGCGGUUUGGGCACAAGCGGCAACGCGUUAUUAUUUUUGCGCCCUGAAGAGCUUGGAUUCCUCAGAUACUUGCAGCAAUCGAAAGUCACUCUCAAUGAGUAUGAUUGUUCUUGGAAUAAAGUUGCUAAUAUUCAGUUACAGCUGGAGAAAUUAAUAUCGAAGAAUUACUAUCUCCACCAAUCGGCCAAAGAAGCGUUCAAAAGCUACCUUAGAGCGUAUGACUCGCAUCAUCUAAAAACAAUAUUCGAUAUUGACACAAUAGAUUUGGCUCUGGUAUCGAAAUCAUUCGGUUUCACUGUGCCACCAGCUGUUGAACUAAAAGUGACACACAAAGGACCAACUCAGAAGAGAAAAGGUGGUGGUGGUUUUGGAUAUUUCAAAACCUUGAAUAAAAAUAAUAACAAGAACACAGAAAAGACGAAAAUAUUUAGACAAAAAGGCAAAAACAAGAGGCCAAUGAGCUGAAAGGCUGAAAGGAUUCAAAUAAGAAACUUAAAACCUUAAAUAAAAUUAUUAGCAUUUUUGCUAUAAUAGGUACUUUAAAAUGUCACAUUGUACUUUCAGUUAUCAAUAACAUUUAUUUAUCAUUUAAUAAAUUUUAUUUUAAGGAA